ACAGGAAUACACAAGUGACAAAAGAAAAGCACACAACAUUAAAGUAAAGAAAUACGAAAAUUCUUAACCACACGAAUCCCUGCUAUUGUCCCGAUAACCGUGCCCGCCUGUAGGUUUCGAACGCUUUCUCUGGGAUUCGAUGGAUGUUUGUGAAAAGUGAAGCAACAAGGAAAAUCUCACAGCCACCUGCAGCACCAGUGUCAUAUUGUUGUGAAAAAAUCGCAAACCAAAAAAACACCAGAUAUUAAAGUAAUAACACAGUGUCCACAAACGGAUUUCGUACGGUGCGCAUAAAUCCAAUUGCAAGGAGAUGAGAUUGGACGGAAAUUGAAAAACCAAAACAUGCUAGAGCAUGAACAUCCACCACGGUAGGAACCAUCAACUAACAACAGCUGCUUACUUGUCUGUUGUCGGAGCGCAGUUGGCUAUUUGUUCUGCUGCGUGCGAAAUUGCUGUCUGUUGAUUGGCACAUUCACAGACGAGGUAACGAAAUUGCUUGCAUCCUUGCCGUGUUUUUGCACCGAAAGUCCAGCAGCGGGUACGAUCGCUAUUAUUUCCGUGAAGAUCCGCUCGUAGUUUCAACAGUGUUUGACGAAAUUGCGUUGGUGUACGUACAUCACUGUUCUACCAGUACCGUCCAGAUUUAAUACUAAGCGGGAAGGUGUUCUUCUUGAAGCGUUUCCCGUCUAUUUAUAUUCUUGUCACCGUCGUGUAAGUGUGUUUUAGCCGGUGUUUGAUCCCUGCAAUCGUCCAAAUUCCUGCCCGUAUAGCUUAUACACCUCCCGACACUGCACCCAUAGUUUGACCGAACCAUCUUCGGUGGAAGCGUAGCAGAAAGAGCAUCCGAGCGAUCGCACCCAAAUCGGAAUUGUCGAGGAACACCCACGCAAAAUUGUUCCCAAGUGUUUUGAACGCGCCUCCGAAUUGUGUGAGCGGAGGUUGAAUGUGUGAUGUUCUCAAACGGGCUUCCGUGCAAUUUAGCAUUCCCUAGCUGUCUCGGUGUGCCAAAGGAUAGUGGAAGCGACGAGCUGCUGCCGACUAGCAUGGGAAGCCGCGAACCUGUCAUUCUCAACGUGUACGAUAUGUACUGGAUCAACGAGUAUACCACCUCGAUCGGCCUAGGUGUGUUCCAUUCGGGUGUGGAGGUGUUUGGUACGGAAUUUGCCUACGGUGGCCAUCCGUUCCCAUUCACCGGUGUGUUCGAAAUAUCACCCAGGGAUCACGAUGAACUAGGCGACCAGUUUCGGUUUCGGCAAAGCAUUCAGAUCGGAUGUACAGAUUUUACCGAGGAAGAGGUAAGGCGCAUUGUUGAAGAGCUGGGCAACCAGUUCCGCGGAGAUCGGUACCAUUUAAUGAACAACAACUGCAAUCACUUUUCCGGCGCAUUGACGCAGAUUCUUUGCGGUCAGGAAAUUCCCAGCUGGGUGAAUCGGUUAGCACACUUCAGUUCGUGCGUACCCUUCCUUCAACGCUGUUUACCAAAAGAAUGGCUAACGCCAAAUGCCUUACAACAAUCGAUAACCGCCAUACAGGAUCGCGACUCCGAUUCGAGUCCAUUUUGAGAGUAGCACCGUUCGGCGCGUAAUGACGAUACCUCCUCCACUACUUUAAUGUCUACUUUAAACACUACCACACGGGACGGGACUACUAUCGCGACCAUUUCCACCACCGUCCCUACAUGAAUAGGCCGGCACGAACCUUACGUGAGAUUUGUGCUCCUUGUUUGUGUUACCUUUUAAAUGCUUUACGCUCCUUACACUUCCUUUAUAGCUUGCAAGUCUUGCAAGUUUGCUAAUUAUCUCACAUUGAUCUACAGCUGGUUGUUACAUCAGCGUGGUACCGGUAAAUUGAUGUUUGAAGAUCAAAUAGACAGGAACACAAAAAAACGAAACAAUCUUCCACGGAUGAACGUUAGGUAAAGGUAACAUCCCACGCAUCGAAACCGAUUUCUUAUAUACCUUUCUGUAACGCGUCAGUUAUACGGCCUACGUUUGUGGUUAACUGCUGAUAGUGGAAAAAUCUGAUAGGUUUUUGAUAGAAUAAAUUUGCCCGCGUUUUUAUAUGGUCAAUAGUCAAAGCGUCGAAGAGAAUGUGGUAAAUAACAAGCGAAUUGGAAGAGGAUAUUGAUUUAGAUCUUUUUUUUAAUUUCGUUGCUACAGAUUUCAUAGAAAAACGAGGAGUGAGAACUAUUCGCCUUUUCCCCGGUUUUUCCCCUCUUCGAAACAACAUUGUAUUGCUUCUUCAUGCAAGAAAAACAUGUGUUUAGUAACAAAAACUGUUUUAAAUUUAUAUUAAGUUUGUGCAAUUUUACUUAUGCACAGGCAAACCAAACCGUUUUUGUUUUGGCAAAAUAACUCAACAAAAAAUACGAACAACUGUCUUCAAGAUACACAUUUAACGAAACCAUAGACUGUCGAACGUGUUUCCGCAGGAACCAACUCUCAUCCAAAAACACCCACACACCCAUAGCGAGAGAGAGAGCUAGGAUAAUUAAAACAAUGAAGAUAUUAGUUUCGAUUCUCAACGUUUUGUUUAGUUUUAUCCGCGUUAGGGUCGCAAGUUAUGCUGGAUGUUGACGAACGGGGCGUGGUGCGUACGUGCGUGGUUUAGCAAAAUCGUGUAAUAAACAAAACUGUGUACAUUAGUUUAAUCCCGCAUCGUCGGAAUAAGUAAAAGCUUUAUUGGGACAGGUAACAUGAAUAAUCCAAAUUCGUUAAUAUAAAGAACAGAUUAACAACUCCUAAUGCGCGCGUUAGAUGCAAUGGUUUGGAGGAAUGUUCAGAGAUAAAGAGUACUAAGCGAGUAGGUGUUGCGCAACGGAGUAAAAACGGAAUAUAAACGUAUUACAAGCGUGAAAAACAAACCACAAUACACAUACGAAAGUAACUAGCAGCAUAUAAACAGUAACUAGCAGAAGAGGUUAACUAAUCGUGCCCCCGGGGGGCAUGGAAUCCCGUUGCCGUUGCGAUAUAUACAUUAUUUAACACUAGUAAAAACUUACGAAACAUUAUCGAGUGAUAAUCGAGUAGUUGUAGCGAUGAUACGAGUGUACAAGAUAUAAGGCAGCAAAAGGUGAAGUUGACAUGUGUUACGUAGCAUCAGCUAAGUGUAGUGUUGAGCAGAGCAAUGAGGAAUCGAUGACAGAUAAUAAUCGUUAACUGAGAUUUAUUAAUUCACUGAUUAAUCGAUUGGAUGUGCGUUGGGAUGAACAGAUAGAACGAGGGAGAUAAUUUAUCGCAAAACGGCGUACACUUCACACUCCUUCAUCUGGCUAUGAGCGGCGUGAUGUACCUUUCUCCCCAUCCUAUGUUUCGAAGAACUUCAUCAUACAAGUGUAGGGCUCCGAGUCGCGAAAGAUGUUCCAAAUUCUGCCAUAGGAUUUAAGAGUGUAGUGCAGGUGUUUUUAGAAGCAACAGCUGCAACAAAACACAAUGAACAAGACACACACGAAACUCGUACGGGAAUAAUAAUCUUACCGCUGGAAAGUAUUAAAUCUCUUUUUUACUACGACCGAAGUUUGGGUAUCACCACACCACUAGUUUUUUGCCUCUUAGUACUAUGCGCUACAGCAUCAGCGGGUCGCUUGUGUUUCGGAUUCGAUCCGACAGGAAGUUAUAUCCGUCGGACGGACGGGCGUAAGGGGUGUUCAGGAUAUUUGAAAAACCUUCAAACAACAAUCAUGUGCGAUCACAAGCGUGUGUGUGUGUGUGAGUAAAAGUAGUAAUAGUAGUUUGUAGUGAGAGCGUGUGUGUACAGUAGAAAGUGUUCUGUUGUCAUUGUUUUGUUUUUGAUACUGAUAUUCAGUUAUGUUUUGCCUUUUUACCACCAAAACAGAACUACGAAAAUGCGAUGGCCCGGAAGCGUUCCGGGGCAGUAUAAUAAAGGUGGAGGAACACGAUCGUUUGAUCCUCACCAAAACCCCCGUACACUGUUAUACAUCACGUUAGGGUAAACCAUAAGUACUAAUCUGACUCUCGUAGUUACAUUAUUGCGCUCUCUUUCUCUUCUUCUAACUAGAUUUAGCAGUAUAAAAAGAAGAUUUAAGAAGAAAAAAUACCCGGGAUUAGUGAAAGUGAACAGAAACAGAUGAACAAACAAACCAAAACACUCAAAACGAAGUUAAACUAAAUCGAACAACAAUGUAUAAUGAAUGA